AUGCCCACCGUUCUCAGCAAGUUUUGCGCUGAGGAUUAUGUCCAGCGAGAGCUCCUUCCCAAAACAGAUCAGCCUGAUUUCAACCCCGUCGACGCGAGAAGUCUUGGAGACCACGAGCACAAGUGCCACAAUUCCCCAAUUGAGACAGUCGCAACCAACUUAGUUCCCUCCGACGACAAAGCCCAAGGAUUGGAGCUCAAGAACGGCGAAAUGCGCUUGGAGGUCACCGGUUGGCGUGACCCUUACCCGACAUUCAUCAUCAGCAACAAUCUUGCGGAUCCUCCGAAAAGCGGGCUGGAUAUCCAACUUUUGAAUGACGCGAUAUGCAUGCAGUUCAGUAUUCCCAAAGGAUUCCCUGGCUGCAUGACUGGAUUCAUGACCGUGCUGCAACAUCUUUUUCAUGACCCGAAGAAGCUGGGCAUAAGCAAGGUCAACACGGGUAGUCAAGCCGUCAACCACGAAGUCAAUAGGGCCAAAAAUCAUGGUUGCCACGUGAAAUGGACAACUUCGUGGGAGGUAUUUGGCUGCAGAGUCAACUGGAUGAAGGAAAAAAGGGACUCAUCCUUCAUCAAGUUCAAGUUUUCGAUAAUCAACAAGAUGGGUUAUGAUGAAGAGAUGAUUGUGACUGUUGAUGAGGACAAUUUGUUUUUCAAGAAAAUUUCAAACCUCGACCCCAACGUGUACGGACAGUGGCUAGCACAGCCAGCACGGAUCUGGCUGCGCACGCAAUGGAUUAUGCGAAAGUCAGGCAAUGUCGACAACGAACUUUUCAACAAGUUAUCUAAUUGCACAGCAACCGAUUUGCCUACGCAAAAAAUCAGAAAGAAGAAAAAAAAGAAAACUAAGCGCCCAAAAAACCGAAACGUAUUGCAUAAAGCCCCAGAGGACUCUGACGGCGACAGUGAAACAUCAAACGUCGACGUUGGGAAGGCUCCUAACGAGAAAGAAGAGGCAUUCUCAAAAGAAGCAGAGUUGAUCGACAAACUUGUGAUUUCGGGUGCUGCAGAUACUGUGCAGUGUGCUGGACCAGACUCCGUGUCCAUGCUGGGGGAAAUGAGAACAAUGGAGACAAUGGCGCAUGACCAAACAGCGGCGAAUAACGGAGUGCAUAAUCUCACAACUGACACCGGAAAGAGCAGUGCAGGAUGGAAUGGUAAGCACACGUCCGGUGUUGUUGAUGCUAUGAAGACAAAGCGCAAGAAGCACAAGAACCCCCAAACCCAAGGUGGUGACUCUCAAGGAGGACAUACAGACAUCGCUCAUCAGGAUGUCUCGACUGAGCAGCAGCUUGCGACAAUCGCUGGCCAAAUCCCAAUCCAUGCCUCCUUGUCUCCGGCCAUUCCCAUUGCCUUAAAUUUGCCAAUAACUCCACCAUUUGAGACGGCCCGAACACACCUCUCUCCUCCUUCCCUUCCCUCAACCACCCUUUCUCAGUUUCACACCCCCACGGAGAAAGAGAAAGAUGGGAUGGAGGUAAAAGUGGAGCUAAGCGAGCCAGGUGCAGUCCACAGUAGCCUGCAUCUCACUCCGCUGGAAGAGGAGAUGGAGCUCGAGUUUCGAUGGCCUGUUUCGGGAGCCGAGUCGUGUGAAUCUGACCCCGAAUCGUACAUCAAUUACCGCAUGGAGGUUCUGGAAGCUGAAAGCCUGCGCCGAGAUUCUCCAGCUGUGGGUAGAUUGGGUCUUAUUGAGGACCUCAUGAGGGCUACAGUCUCGUCUCCGACUCACCCGCCAUUGACUUCGCGCCAACUAACGGAUGAGCCGCCUACCGCAGACAACGCCAAGCUUGCGACAGGAAUUAUCGAUUCUGAUCGCACCAUCAAGAAUUCCGACAAGGCCUCGAGCACGUCUAGCCGCAUGCGCGCUCGUAAGAAUGCGAAGAAGAUAAAGACUCGCGAGAAGAGGAAGCGGGCGAGGGCUGCUACAACACGCCAGGAACAAAACAAGCGAUGCCUUGUCAGUCCCUUCUCUCUCUCUCUCGGCUCUUGUCGUCAAGCUUGGGAAGAUCCCAAACCAUCUCCAUCCGAAUCGCCUGGAGAAAUGAAUCCCACAGCCAUGCAGUUUGGCGGCAUCGGACUUUCAUCCAUGUUAGCUCACUGUGAUCACCGCCAGGUUUCAUUCCCUUGCUCUCGAGGAGGUUGCCAGGUCCAGUGCAGCUUCAUAGAUGGACUCUCUGUUGUCUGCCCCGGCUGCGGACCAUUUUCUAUGGUCCGCUACUGCGGUAAGCAACACCUGUGGGAGGAUGUUAGGGAUCACUGGCCUACCUGCGGCUCUUAUCAUUUAGUGUACCCCUGCAUCCCCAGUUCAAUUCCGAAGGACGUUCUCGUGGGUCCACCAAUGCUGCCUAAUAUCCACAGAUGGGACUGGCCUGAGCGCCAUCGUCAGGCUGUGUGGUUCACUUCCGCCAGCAAUCUUGGAGAUUACUUUGUCUUCCAGGAAGUGCCACACCCCAUGGUUGUUAUGGACGGCCCAGAAAGCCACGAGUGGCUUGGAUAUUUAUCCCGGACCGCACUCACUCUGCGAUUUGGGAAGCCUGAGGAAAAGGACCGUUUUCGUCGGGUUCUUGCGGUUUGCCUUUUCAUGGCGCCUGAACAUCCGGCCCUUGUAGGCUAUCUUUACCGGCUAAUCCGGGACUGGGUUCGUGGCCAUUAUGAGUGGCCCGGUGACAACAACAUGGACCGUAUGAUUGCCAGCCAACUAGCACUGGAGAUGGGUGUCCGGCCCGAUUUCUUCAAAUCCGAGUACGUUGGAGAGCGGCAUGCGUGCGAGAUCGAGUGGAAUGGCGACCCAAACCCCUGCUUGGAUCCGACCUGCGUGCACGAUCGUCGCCCCAUAUCUCUCGAUUACUGGGGGGUGGGUGGUUUCCAGGAGUUGUGCGAGAAGCUAGAGUCCCAUUACUGGCUUCUCAGAGCACACCGGAUCACUCAACCUUCGGUGAGGGUUGUGGUGGAUCGUGUACUUGGGAGCGGUUAUGAGCGGGCCCGCGGUGCGGGGCGGCUUUAUCCCCGCGGUGAGGGCUGGGAUGGGGCGGGGACGGGCCCUAUGGUGAUCGAGUAUUGGUUGCGUGCUGCUCGGCAGGGAGCCCCCCCUCCCUAG